ACUUGCGAACCAAGCUCAACAUGGUCUUCGUCUUCCUCCUUCUGCUGCUGCCAUAUUAACCCCUCCUUAUCAUUAUACCCUGCAUGAAGAAUCUUCGCGGAACCCAACAAUGGCGGUCUCUCUCUCUCUUCUGUGCUCGGAUCCCCAUGACGCUUCCUUCCUUCUCUCCUUUUCCCGCCGAACCAUGGUUUGAAUGAACUCCGAGACGACUAGGAAGACAGUACGCAACGCUAUCCACUGCACACACAGAGACAGAGAACAAAGAAGACGAGGAGGCGUUCACUGUUGCCGAGGAGCUUGGCGCUUUCUUCCUCUUCUUCAGCGAAGAAAACAUCCACGAGGGACCUCUCGUUUCGUGGGGCUUUUGCUCCUUUUUAUUUUUUUGUUUUUUAUAAGUGCUUCUGUUGAAGGGUUCUGGUUACUGCUGCGAAGUGUUUAGUGUUGAUACGACGCAAGCCAUGUCUCGAUCAAACUGGGAAGCUGAGAAAAUGUUAGAUGUCUAUGUCUACGAUUACUUUGUUAAAAGAAACUUACAUGCUACCGCGCGGAAUUUCCUAGCCGAGAGGAAAAUCUCAACACUCCCUGUUGCUAUAGAUGCGCCUGGUGGUUUUCUGUUUGAGUGGUGGUCUGUCUUCUGGGAUACAUAUACGGCGAGGAUUCAUGAGAAACGCUCCAACGCUGGUACAUCCUAUGCCGAGGGACACAAUCAGCAUCAAUUUGGCUUCAACCACUGGCCGAAACCUUGGAUGCAGUCAUAUCAUCCUUCCAGUCAACUGCAGUUGCAGGAGCAAUCGAUGCCCCAAGCACAGCCAAUGACAUCCCCAUCUGUCCAUGAUUUAGAAAGCAGAAAAUUAAGGGUGCUUCUCCAAAAGCAGAGUCUAGGUUUUGGAAUAGAUCAGAUGAUUACUAUGGGUGAUGUACUUGCUAAUGUUCGGCCUACAGCGUGGAUUGGUCACACUGUACCUCCCUGCGGUGAUGUGGACGUCCUAUUGAAGCAACCGGAGUAUCCACAGGGCUCACUUUUGAACCGUCAACAUCAAAAUUCUAGUAUUCCUUUCCUGUUCCCUGAUAGAGUUAUCUCUUCAGGAGGUCUGAAUGCUGAUGGAAGCUUGCAAAUGACUUUCAAGGAACAUUACCAGGCUUCACAAAAAGAAACUGCACAAAAGAGAAAGCGACCAGAUUCAGCUUCAUUCCCCGCAAAGCAUUUGAGGAAUGUGGAUGCUUUUGGACUUUUCCCUCCUAUAUCCUCAACACCUUCUAUCAUCACACUGGAUGACAAGAUUUCUGUACCUCCUUUGCCACAAACUGGUCAUUCCUCUAUGCCUUUGCCCUUAGUUGGCUCUCAUGCUACAGUUCCAGUAUCGUCAGCAACCAGCAGAUUGGCCCAGACGAACGUGGUUUUGGAUGAUGCAUCUUUGGCAGACAACAAUGAGUCUAUCUCAUGCUAUGAAGAUUUAGUCACCAGGGACAAGGCUGUUAGCAAAGGCCUCACUAUUACUGAAUUCCACAGUCUUUCUACAAGUCCAUGUGAUUUUGAAGUUUGUCACUUCUCAUACGAUGGGAAACUGCUCGCAACUGGUGGACAUGAUAAAAGGGCAACAUUUUGGUGCACCGAGUCGCUUAGAUUGAAGUCAAAGCUUGAGGAACAUUCCGAGUCAAUUACAGAUGCCCGCUUCAGUACAAGAAUGCCCCGUUUUGCUACUUCAUCAGCUGAUAAAACUGUCAGAAUUUGGGAUGCUGAUAAUCCUGACUAUUCCCUUCGAACUUUCACUGGACAUUCUUUUGCUGUUACAUCCCUGGACUUCCACCCACGGAAAGAUGAUCUCAUCUUCUCCUGCGAUAGUAACACUGAGAUCCGGUAUUGGAGCAUCAAGAGUGGCCGCUGUGUGGGGAUUAUCAAGGGCGGUUCAAGCUGUGUGAGAUUUCAACCUCGGGUUGGAAGGUUUCUUGCAGCUGCUGCAAAGAAUGUUGUUUCAAUACUUGACGUGGAGACUCAAGUUUGUAGGAUGAAAUUGCAGGGUCAUGAAGGCACUGUCAAUACUGUCUGCUGGGAUUCUACUGGCGAGCAUUUGGCAUCUGUGAGUGAUGAUUUGGUUAAAGUGUGGAAAAUUGGCUCCACCGGCGAUGCAGAAUGUGUUCGUAAGUUGGUGUCUGCCAGGGACAAGUUCCAUGCGUUCGCCUUCCAUCCGACUCAUCCUUCUGCAGCAAUCAUUGCAUGUUCUGAGAAUCUGGAGCUUUGGGAUAUUGCCGAGAACAAGAAAGGGACCCUCCAUCCGCAUGACGGACCGAUAUCUUGCCUAGCUGCAUCAAGUGCUAACGGUCUUAUUGCUUCCGCUAGUCGCGAUAACUGCAUCAAAAUUUGGAAGUGAGGUGAUAGUUCCUGGUUUGGUUUCUUCUUUUUUGGUUGGUAUAGGUCUUGACGGGUAUACACACACAUAUAUAUACCAGUUUUUUAAACUAUAGUUUGCCACUGUGGGGUAAGGGUCUUUUUAUUGGGUUUUGGCUUUACCCUUUUGCUCUUGAAGAGCUUGCAUAUAGUACAGUCUUUCCUCUGUUGCCAAAGUCUAAAGGCUUGCAUAUAGUACAGUGCAGUAUGCAAAGAGUACUGUUGUGACACAUGAACUUCAGUGGGAAACCUUUCUGCUGGUUUCUUUGGUUAAUCUUUGAAACACUAUGAUAUGCUAUACAUACGGCACAUUCCCAUGGAUCGUGUU